GUCAAACAGGUUUGGACGAGCGUCCGGCGAUGUGUUGCUUGUGCCUUACAUUGUGACACCAGGAACAUUUUCAUUCGACUUACAAGUUUCUGUAAGGUUUCCAGACAUGCCGAAGGUCAACGUAUCGCCGAAGAACUUCCCUGAACUAGCAAUACCACUAUUGGAGGUAGACAGCAUGCGGUAUCCAUUCUUCUACAGCGAGGACGUAAUUAGGAACAUGUCGGAAGUGACGUGUUGGGAUGAUGAUGUCAUGAUAUGUGGAUACAUGCGAUCUGGUACACAUUGGUGUUACGAAAUCCUCAACAUGCUUCUGAACAAGUCUACGGAAACUGUUCCCCACACCAAACACGAUCUGCACGUGGAGAAAGUGAAUUCGAAGACACUGGAAGCUCGGACCUCCCCUCGAGUAUUCAAUGGACACAUGCAGUUCUGUCGCUUGCCGAAACAGGUCAUGGAAAAACGUGUGAAAGUCAUCUACCUUCUAAGAGACCCGCGUGAUGUGGCCGUGUCAUGGUAUCAGCUCAUGGAGAAGAACUUCAGGUACCGAGGCGGGCUUACGAUUUGCCCGUUUCCUGAUUGGCUGAAGUUAUUUAUGGACGGCGAGUUGGAAUGGGGUAGCUGGUUUGAUCACGUGAAAAGCUGGGAACAAGCUAUGUUGCAACAUCAACAUCACCCCAUUCUCGUCGUGCACUAUGAAGAUCUCAUAUCAGAUCCGAGAGGAGAAAUAAUUCGAAUGAAUAGAUUUCUUGGCAUGGACGCUGAUGACGAGUUUUGUGGUCAGGUAGCAGCGGCGUGUCAUAUCUCGAACAUGAAGAAGAAUAAAUAUAACAUCACCGAGGUACUGAAUGGAGAGAGCGUUAACUACAAUAAAGGACAGGUAGGAUCGUGGCGAGCGUGGUUUACGAGGGAGAUGAGCGAUCACUUCAACCAGGUUUACCACAAGAAAAUGAGAUAUUCCAGAUUCCAUUCUAAAUAUAUAAGGGGCGGUGGGGUAGCCUAGUGGUUAAAGCGUCACGCCGAAGACCCGGGUUCGAUUCCCCACAUGGGUACAAUGUGUGAAUCCAAUUUCUGGUGUCCCCCGCCGUGAUAUUGCUGGAAUAUUGCUAAAAGCGGCUGAAAACCAUACUCACUCACUCACUCACUCUAAAUAUAUAUGAACUAACCUUCAUACUUUUGGAGACAAACAUUCACCCUCAGAACGUCUCCAAAAGGCGCAUGUCAAUGGGGCAAUGGACUUUACAAUGGCUUGAUAUGUUAAACAGUAUUAGUGUUAACUGUGACCCACCAAGGGACCUUAUGGGUGCUAGGAUACAAUUGUGCUGUGACGUCAUAAAGACAUUUGACGUCAACUAACUUCAUUGAAGAUCGCCAAGAUCGGACUGUACACAAAUAUCUUAUUUUUCUCUCGUUAGUGCGUAAUGAAAUAAACACAUUAUUUCAAAGCCUUUAAGUAUCAAUUCAUCAGACAUGACUGAAAACUGCAAUUAUUGCAUAAACAGGCAUAAGUCGGAAAAUGAGUCCAAAUGUUAGAUGCCAUGUAGCUUUGUAAUAAAUAUAUUUCAGCCUUAGUUUUAAAAUAUGUUUAAAAGUCAAAAUGUGAUUUUUCACCCACACUGUCUCUUAUCUCACAAUCACAUAUAUUUGUCUUUGGAGCCUUUUGCAAAGAAUAAUAUUGUUGAUCAAUGCAUUUAGUAAUCAUUUCAAAUUACAUAACAACAAACAACAUGUUACAAUUUACAACUCCUGACAAUUCAGGACUUCCUGUGUCAAUAAAAUUCAACAUUCCAUUCUAUAAAGACAUUAUUCAGUUCAAUGUUCAAUGCCUACUUGGACGCGAGGUUGGGGAAUCAUUUAUACAUGCAUAAUAUUUUCUACGUUAAUACCAGUUAAAAAGUCUUACAAGAAUAUUAAUUUUGAUAUUCUGCUGGGGUCCGUGUGGCCAUGUUGUUGUAGCACUCUGCAAAAUGUAUGGUAGCCGAGAGGGGACAUCGCUUUCUUGCCUUCAAUUAUGGCCGCGAGAAAGCGAUAACACAAGACUAUAAAGCGAUAACACGAGCCGAGAAAGCGAUAACACGAGCCGAGAGAGCGAUAGCACAAGACGAGAAAGCGAUAUGUAUAUCUCCUGUUACCGCUGUCUCGCUGUAAAGCAAUAUUCCCCCUUGACCACAAAUUGGGGGCGCAUGUGUUUUGUGUUUCCAUAAGAUGAAAAGUGUAUACGUAAAACAAACAGUAAUGAAUUGAUAAACUAGUAUAAUUAAGAUUGCUGAUUGCGGCGUUAAACAACAAACAAACAAACAAAGUAUCAUUAAGGGGUUGACUAUGUGAUAUGUGGAUACAGUGGCGGGUGGUGGUGAGGGGGAUGUGUCAUGUUGUGGUGUUCUUCAUUUUUGGGGACUGAGGUGAUUGUUUUCAUAAAAGAGAACUAAGAUUUUCUCCAGUCACUUUUAAAAGUAUACCUAAAUGAAUUUUAACCUCAUUAACCGGUAACCUCAUUCCUUGGACAAUAGAAAUGGAAUGCAUUGUAAACAUUAUUUGAAAACCCCAACUAAUUUCUUAUAAUUCCUUUGAAUCUUUCAGUCUUCGGAAAUUAAAUUCAAUGCUAAUUCUUUUCGUCGCUUAUUCAAACUGAAAUAUCGCGAACAAACCCGAAAAAUUGGGAGCACAACUUUAAAAUCAUUAGGGAUGCUGUCGAAGCAUAUGCCAAGAAAUGGUCCAAUAGACAAGAUAAACCUGUCGUAUGUCUUUCAAAGUAGGUUACGCCAGUGUGAGAUGCUGCCAUUGGUAGAAUGUACAAACUGAAGUAGAGGCUGAACAAACCCUCUCUGUCCCACCCAAAGUCUGACUGUCCUACAUGAAAAGUUUGUGAUCUCAAACCAUAACUAUUUUAUGUAAGCAUGACAUCGAUUUAAGACUUCUUAGGCUAAUCAUAGGGCUUACCGUUUCAACUAUAUCUGAAUGCCAUAAACAAUCUGACUGACAUAUUAUUCCCAAAGUCAUUGAUAAAAAAACCUUUCAUUUUAAGGUUAGGUUUUGCACUUUACACAGUAGUAUUUGGGAUGGUCCAUUUGGGGAAUUGUCUGGACCCAGCCGCAAACACAGUAAACAGAAAUCCCAAGGGGAAUUAUAUAUACAAUAGUUUGUUGGCGCGACAUGCUAGGCUCCAUAAUUUUAGUUAUAAUGUAAAAUUAAUAGUAAUUUUUUUUUUUUUUAUUCAUUUAUGUAUUUGACAUGAGAGGGGUAGCAACACACAUAUAUAAACAUGCUGUAUUUUAUAAUAAUGAUUGUACAAUACUGAAUGCGUUAAACCUGUUGCAUUUAACAAAUAUAGGUUUUGAUGUUGUUCUAUUGCGAACACAUAUAGAGUCAGCGCUCAUAAUUGCCAUAUGAAUGAAAAUAUCAUCAUUAAUAAACUUCAAGGAGCUCACUGUGUGUUCUGAAGUCAAAUCGCUGUAAGGCAUCCUGCACGGCUUCGUUCUAGUUUACCCUCAAAUGUACGAUGGAAUAAUUUGCGAUUCUGUACAUGUGUGUUCAAUGUUCGACUGCAUUUUUUGUUAUAGGCGUUCGUUUAUUUAUUAAAAUUCCACAAAUUCAUAAAUCACAUUGAGCUGCUCGCCUCUUCUCCAGCUGCUCACACUCUCCACUAAUGCUAGCUGCCUUGGUUAACUCGAAUCCGCAUAUAACUAAUUAAUUACAAACUCUGUUCUAAUUAUGCUAAUCGAGGAAGUGCAUUAUACCAGAUGAAAAACUUAGUAAUCCUGUGACACUAAUCCUUGUUUACAAUGAACACAUGUCAAUUGACUAAACAUUCUUUUUAAUAUACUUAAGUAGAAGUAUCACAAUGGACAGUGCACACACUGUUUGUUGAACCAUAUCAAGCUAUAUUUUAGAUUUAGAAUCACCAUACCAUGACAAAACAGAAAC